AUGCUGCACACGUUUUGGGUUGAUGCUGAGAAUUAUUCCGAUGUAACAAGGCCCUGGUACUCGUCACACACUCCUUUCCCUCUGAGAUAUUACCUGCCUGGGAAGAUGUCCAGAGAGGCUUUGAACAGGAUCCUGGUGACCAAAGGGCAGCCUCCUCUGUACAGUCUCAAUGAAGUAGAAGCUCAGGUUUACAAAGAUGCCAAGGAAUGUCUAAAUCUCCUCUCCAGCAGACUGGGAGCAUCGCGCUUCUUUUUUGGAGAAAUACCAACAUCUUUGGAUGCUUUUGUCUUUGGUUUCCUGGCUCCUCUCUAUAAAGCUCACCUUCGCAAAGUCCAGCUGCAAGAACAUUUAAAGCAGCUUCCAAACUUGUGUGAAUUUUGUGAUCGUAUCCUUGGUGCCUAUUUCACAGAGAAUGCUGAAGGUUCAUCUCCUGCUGGACAGGAAUCAAUAGAUGCAAACUUACAGAAACUAACACAGCUUGUAAAUAAGGAAUCCAACCUCAUAGAAAAGGUUAUAACCCAUUUCUUCUUUCUCAUUUCCUUUCUACUAACCUGUGUUUAUAAGAAGCAUUCCUUUCCUUGUUUCAUCUUUCUACUGAUCUCUAACUAUACGUUUUUAGUAAUGGUAAUAGUACAAUAG